AUGGUAGCACGCACAAGAACUGGCACAGACUGUCCGGAAUGCCGCGCUGUUCCUCCGCCUGAAGUGGUCGGCACUUCAGCAGAGGAAGCUCCGGACGCAGAGGUUCCCCAAGAAGAGGUUCGUCCUGAAGAAGUUGUGCCUUCUGUCCCAGAGGAGGCGAGCGAAGAGGAAACGCCGGAGCAGACGCCUGCUCCUGGCGAGGAAGGCCCUCCUGAAGAAGUUGAGCCCUCAAUCCCACAGGAUGAAGAGACAAAAGAAGCGCGAGCACAGACGCCUGCUUCUAACAAGCCGCCGCCCCUGUCACCUCCACAGGAGGUUCCCCCAGCCACUGCCGAAGAGGCCCCUGAAGAAACUUCUACUCCGGAAGAGGAGGCGCCACUGCCUCAGCCACAGCCUAAAGUUCCUGGUGCUUCGCCAAUUGAGGGACCAGUAACUCCCGAACUCACUCCACGAGAGAAGGAAAUCCUCAAGCAAAAGGCGGAGGCGGCAGAAAAGUUCAAGCAGAACCCGUGGUGA